AUGAAAUCUGUUUUAGAACUGGCUACCAGUGCAUCAGUCAAUAUCUCACAAAUAGAUUUAGUGAGGCAGAACCUAGAAAAAGCAUUAUCUGGGAAGAAAUUUCUGCUCGUGCUGGAUGAUGUAUGGAAUAAAGAUCCAUUUGAGUGGGGUAAACUGAAAGCAGCCUUAACAUGUGGAACUAGAGGAAGCAAAAUUUUGGUGACAACCCGGAGCCAACAAGUCUCUUCAAUUAUGGGCUCAUCUAAUACCAUCCACCAAAUACAACAGUUGUCUGGAGAUGAUUAUUUGUACUUAUUUCAACAAUUUGCAUUUGGAGAUCAAGCAGUGGAUCAAAACCUGAUGGAAAUUGGUGAAAAAAUUGCUAAAAAAUGUGGUGGUGUUCCCUUGGCAGCCAUUUCUCUUGGUAGCAUGCUCCGCAUCACUCGAGAUGAAACCUAUUGGUCCUCGGUAUUGAACAGCGAAAUAUGGCAACUGGGAAAUGAGGAAGAUCAAGUGUUAGCUGUGCUAAAGUUGAGCUAUGACACUCUCCCUCUGCGGUCAAAGAAGUGUUUUGCAUUUGCCUCUCUAUUUUCAAAAAAUGAUAUAAUGGCAAAGGAUGAACUGAUUAAACUGUGGAUAGCAAAUGGUUUUGUACGUUCAGAAGGAAAUUUUAAUGCUGAAACAGCAGGCAAUCGUGUCUUUGAUGAUCUUGUGUUGAGAUCAUUCUUUCUCUUGGUACCAUCUCAAGAUGUAAUCCGGUGCACGAUCCAUGAUUUGAUGCAUGAUCUGGCACGAUCAGUAUCUGCAGAUGUAUAUUGGAAUUCUGAACAAGACUCGGUGGAAAACAUUGGCAAACGAACAUAUCAUUUGAAAAUAAGUCUAUCAGAGGAAUCAAGCAUGACUCAUGUCUUAGGCAAGAAACCAUUGUACUUGCGCACUUUUAUGUCCCGACGGGUGUAUUCACCUUUGAGGACCAAUAUGUUUGAAGGCUUCUUAGAACUGAAAUUUUUGCGGUCGAUAGAUUUACCUUGCAAUGGCAUCAUAGAGGUGCCAACAUCAAUAGGAAAUUUGAUACAUUUGAGGUACCUCAACUUAUCUAGGAAUGGUAUUAAAGUUCUACCUGACUCCAUAACCCUUCUCCCCAAUUUACAGUAUCUUGAUCUCAGUUUCAAUGAGGAACUUCAAGAGCUGCCAGAAGAGUUAGGGAAUAUGCAAAGCCUUCGGGAACUUGAUUGCCGCCAUCUUGAUUUUCAAGAGCUUCUACCUCUUUUUUCCCAUAUACAAAACAUUCAGGAUCUUGAUUUACUACGUGCUCUUUCCCAUUUUAAUUUUGGAUUGACACACAUGCCCUGUGGAUUGUCACGGCUAACUAAUCUUCAAAGUUUAGGUGCCUUUUAUGCUGGGGACAGAACCGGUGCAUGCUCAAUUAUAGAACUUGAGGAUUUGAAGCUUCAUGGAGAAAUGAAUAUUAUAUUUUCCAAGGAUUUUACUAAUUACUCUUGUGGUGGAAGAAAAAUCUUGAAGAAUAAAGAUCUUAAUGAACUACGCUUAGAGUUUAAUGGGUCAGAGAGAUAUGAUAAGGAGAUGUUGGACGAUCUUUGUCCCAACAAGAGCUUAAAGAAGUUGAGCAUAUGCAAUUAUGGGAGCCGACAAUUUCCUGCAUGGUUGAUGGAGUCACAGUUGUCAAAUUUGGUUGAAGUUAGCCUUAAAAAUUGUCGUGGUUGUGAGCAUAUUCCUCCGUUUGGAAAUCUGCAGUUUCUCAAGAAGCUUGACUUACGGUCUAUUAAUGGCAUUACACAUAUGGGUGUUGAGUUCCAUGGGCACGGAGGCUUUCCUUCCCUUCAAGAACUCAUCUUGAAUGAGUUGUAUAAUUUAGAGGAAUGGUUAGAAUCUCACGGUGUCGACGAGUUGUUCCCCAAACUGCAGAGUCUGAAGAUUUUUGCUUGUCCAAGAUUGAAAAGUAUGCCGAGACUUCCUACAAUCCAAUACCUUGACAUAUUUUGGUGCAGUGGGAGUCUACUCUCAUGUGUUGGAAGACUGACUUCUCUGUCUCUUCUUCGACUGGUGGAAAUGGACGACAUGACAUCCCUUCCCAACGGUUGCAUCAGAAACCUCACAUCUUUGACGACAUUUGAAAUCCAAGGGUGCAAACAACUCCAAUGUCUUCCUGGCGAUGAAAUGCAACACCUAGAAAUAAUUCGUUCAUUGACCAUUUAUCGAUGUAACAAUUUGGCAUCGUUUCCGUCAGAAGUGGGAUGCCUUGGUUCUCUUCGUUCUCUAAGUCUCAGAGGUUGUCCGAGUAUAAAGGUGCAGCCAGAAGUACUCGUACAAAUCUUGAAUUCACUACAUAAGUUCCAAAUAGAGAUUUGUCACAAGAAUGUCGAUAUACGACGGCAACUGCAACACUUGCACACUCUCAAAGAAUUGUUUAUAACUGGUGUACAUGGGAGAUAUAAGAAUCAUAGUUAUAUUGGUCGCAACAAUGCCACACAAUUAGGUAUUUGUUGUUGUGAUGAAUUGGAGUCGUUGAUAACAGCAGAACCAACAAGCAAUGUGUUAGAAGAACUAUACAUAGAUGAAAUUUUCAAGCUAACGACCUUGCCUGACUGGCUACGGCAUCUCGAGUCUCUUCGUGUUCUAUCAAUCCACAACUGCUCAGAAUUAGGACUUUUGCCAAGAGGUUUGAAGAAUCUACCUAUGUUGGAAACUUUCAGGGUUUCCAACUGCCCACAAUUGAAAAGAAGAUGCGAAAGGGAGAUCGGCGAAGAUUGGCCCAUCAUCUCACAUCUGCCAUUCAUUGAUAUUUCUUAG